AUGGGGGAAAAUGGAGGAAUUAGGAGCAGCUUUAGAAGUGAUAAUACUUUCAUAUCAAAGUUUAAAGCUUUGAAUAUCAGUCAGAAAAAAUUAGCAGUAAGAGGAGAAGAAGAUUAUUCCUUUUCCAACAACAACCCAUCAUCAACUUCUCCCAAUAAUAUUCUAAAUUUCAUUCAUAUUUUGGUCUCUUGGUCUCUUCAAGACAUUUUCAAUCAACAUCUUUACAAAACUAAGAUUGAAAAGAUUCCACAAUGUUUCAGUUCAAUGGAGCAUUAUUUUGGAAGUUUCAAGUACCCUUUACUAGAAGAAACAAGAACUCAAUUAUGCUCAAGCAUGAACCCUAUUUCCAAAUCUCCAUGUGUUGAAGUAAUUUCAAUCAAAGAAAUCAAACCCUAUGGCAAAGGAUUAUUCAACAUCCACAUUAGAGAUUGCAAAGACUGUCCCACAAUCUUGAUGCCUGGAAAUAUAUUUAUCUUGUCUAAUGUCAAAUCUUAUGUUGUCUCUGAUUUGGAGAGAGACAAUAAUAAUAAUGCCAAAUCAUGGACUUUUGCAACAAAAUUUUGGGCAAAAGGCAACAAUUUAGAGGAGGAAUUUUUGUCCGAUAAUGACCCCACUCGUUUUAGUGUCAAAACAUGGAACAAAGAUUUUGAGAUUCCAAUGGAUGAAAAAACUAAGAAUAAGCCAAUGUUUCUUGUGAUUUUGGUGAAUGUUCUUUCUAAUAUAAGGAUAUGGAAUGCAUUGCACAUGAUAAAGAGAACUAGUAAACAUUCUUCAGCUUCUUCUUCAAUGAUUUUCAAUCAAGUUUUGGGACUCAAGGAUUCGUGUAACAAUUUGGAUUUUAGUUGUGAUGCUUGUGAGGCAGAGGUUGGAAUGUCAUUUUCCCACAAUGAUGAUUUGUUUUCUACUCUAAAUGAGCCCCAAGCUAGAGCUGUUCAAAGAUGUCUUGAAAAGGCAAGUUGUGCCCACAAAUCUAGCAUUGAACUCAUCUGGGGUCCUCCUGGGACUGGCAAAACCAAGACGGUUGCUGUUUUGUUGCUUCAGUUUCGGAAGAAUAACCAUCGAGUGCUCACCUGUGCUCCCACCAACACUGCGAUCAUGCAGGUGGCAUCAAGAUUACUUAGUUUAGUUAAAGAAAUGCAUGAGAAAGAGUAUGGGUCAGGAGAGUUGUUUUGUAAUUUGAGUGAUAUUCUUUUGAUUGGGAAUGAAACAAGGCUCAAACUUGAGGAAUGUGAUAAGUACAUUCAUUUGGAUUAUAGAGUUGAAAGACUUGGAAAGUGCUUUUCUCAAUUCAGUGGUUGGAGUCAUUGUUUUGCUUCCAUGGUUGAUUUUCUUCAAGGUCGUUGUGUAUUUGAUUACGACGAGGACCAAAAAGGACCAAAAAGAUUUAAAAAUUUUAUUGAAUUUGUGAGAACGCAAUAUAAAACCCUGGCUUAUCCACUCAAAGAGUGCAUAUCAAUCUUAUGCACUCACAUUCCCAAAACCAUUUUGUUGCAUAAUUUUGAGAGGUUGGGUUGUCUUAUGAGUUUAAUGGAUUCUCUUGAAGCUUCGUUAUUUUCAAAUUGGGUUGUUUCUAAGAAGCUAUUUUCCACCAAAUUGGAAGAAAAGGAAGAAGUUAUGAAAAAUAAUGAUGAGUAUAAGAAGCUUUUGAAGGAGAUAAAUGAUUGUGUGUUGGUUUUGAACUCCUUGAAACAUUCAUUGAGUAGACUUAAACUUCCACAAACUUCUUGCAAAAGAGAUGUUGAAGAUUUUUGCUUUGAGAAUGCUUCUUUGUUCUUCUGCACGGUGUCGAGCUCGUUUAAGUUGUAUUCAAGGCGGACAAUGGCACCAUUGGAGACAUUGGUCAUCGAUGAAGCUGCACAGUUGAAGGAAUGUGAGGCUGCAAUUCCUUUGCAGUUUCCAUCUAUUAAACAUGCUAUCCUUAUUGGUGAUGAGUGCCAACUGCCUGCUAUGGUUGAAAGCAAAAUUGCAGAUGAAGCUGGGUUUGGGAGAAGCUUGUUUGAGAGACUAAGUUCAUUGGGCCAUCAAAAACAUCUUCUCAAUGUUCAACACAGGAUGCAUCCAUCUAUAAGUUAUUUUCCAAACUCAAAAUUCUAUGCUAACAAAAUCUUAGAUGGUCCUAAUGUCAAAACCAAGGCCUAUGAGAAAAAGUUUCUUCAUGGACCUAUGUUUGGUUCGUAUUCUUUCAUAGAUAUAAAUGAGGGAAAAGAAGAAAAAGAUGGCAUUACACAAAGUUGGAAAAAUAUGGUAGAGGUUGAUGUUGUUGGGAAAAUUAUUCACAAUUUGUACAAAGCAUCAUGUGUUGAUCGUCACUCAAAAGAGAAGAUUAGCGUUGGUGUGGUUUCACCUUAUUUAGCCCAAGUAGAAGCCAUCAAAGAAAACAUUGGGAGGGAUUAUAGUAACUGUAGUAGCUUUAGUGUCAAAGUAAGCUCAGUUGAUGGGUUCCAAGGUGGGGAGAAAGAUAUCAUUAUCAUUUCUACUGUUCGAUCAAAUAGAAGCUCGUCGAUCGGGUUUUUAUCUAGUAAUCAAAGAACAAAUGUCGCUCUUACAAGAGCUAGAUAUUGUUUAUGGAUAUUGGGGAACUUCACAACAUUAUCAAAUAGUGAUUCCAUUUGGGGAGAAUUGGUUUUUGAUGCCAUGAAACGUAGUUGUUUCUUCCAAGCUAAUGAAGAUAGGGACUUGGCCAACGUAAUGUCUAGUUAG